UAUAUGAUCAUUGUUUUCUGCUGGUGAAAUUGAAUCUUUUACUAUUAUUUAUGAUAAUUGUGGCUUGCUUAUUGAUUUUCAUUAUUCUUCUUGGUUACUUUGUUAGAUGAGCAAGGAAUCUGAAAAUCUUUUACUGGUGCAACAUUGGUUUGAUUUGCGUCAAAGAGCAGUAGCUCUUCUUGCUUGUGUCCUUGUAAAAGUAUAUGUAAGUGAGAUGUGUUCGGAAAAAAUAAGUUACAGUUUGAGUGGUAAGAGAGAAAUGGUGCGUGAUGAAAUAAUGAGCCGAAUUAGUGAUUGUCCAUCUAGUUGAAAUAUCAUUAGAAUGACUCCUAGAUCUUUUUUAGAAUUAUGUGGGAUAUUAGAAAGAGAGGUUGGCCUGCAACCCACGCGAUGGUCAAGUGUGAAAGAAAUGGUUGCAAAAACUCUAUAUAUAUUGACACACAGUGCAAAAAAUCGUGAAGUGAAUUUUUGGUUUAGGCGUUCUGGUGAGACAAUUAGUCGCCAUUUUCAUCAAGUUUUGACAGCUAUCAUUGACUUGGAAGAAAAAUUUCUUGUUCAACCUAAUGACACAACCAUCCCUCCUGAAAUUGAAAAAGAUAAGAAAUUCUUCCCAUAUUUUAAGGAUUGUGUCGGUGCUAUUGAUGGAACACAUAUACGAGUGAAGGUGCCUUCUUUAGAUGCUCCUAGAUACCGUGGUAGGAAGGAAUUCCCGACACAGAACGUAUUAGCAGCAUGUACAUUUGAUCUAAAGUUCACUUAUGUGCUCCCUGGAUGGGAAGGUACUGCAUCUGAUUCAAGAAUCAUUAAAAAUGCAUUAACACGAGAAGAUAGGCUUAUAAUUCCUGAAGGUAAAUAUUACCUUGUCGAUGCUGGAUUCAUGUUAACAAGAGGACUUAUAACACCUUAUCGGGGAGUCCGCUAUCAUUUGAAAGAAUAUUCAAAACGGAAUCCCCCCUUAAAUUAUAAAGAGUUAUUUAACCUUCGACAUGCAAAGUUACGCAAUGCCAUUGAACGUGCUUUUGGUGUUUUGAAAAAAAGAUUUUCCAUUCUAUCCAAUGCAACUGAACCUACAUAUGGGAUCAAAGCACAAAAAAUGAUAAUAUAUGUGUGUUGCAUUCUUCAUAACUUUCUUGUGAGUAUGGACCCCCUUGAAGAUCUUUUAGAGGAAGUUGAUGCUGUUCUUGCAAGAGAAAACCAUUCAAAUGAUAAUAACAGUGCUCAAAGAGGGGACAAUAAUGAGGCUGCUCGAGGUGAACUUAUUAGAGAAAAUAUAGCCAAUCAGAUAUGGGCAGAUUAUCAGGAACAUUUGGCUGCUCUUGAGGAUGAACUUGAUGAUUGA